AUGCUCUGCAUCUCCAUUGGCUGGGUGUUCGUUUACGUGUACAGUGUCGAGGUGCUGCCGACUUCCUGCCGGGCGUUUGGCAGCGCUGCAGCCAUGGCCUUCGGCCGCCUGGGGUCCAUCGCCUCGCCCCUGGUCUUCGAGGCCCUGCUGGAGGAGAUUCACCGGCAAGCCCUACCAGUUCUUCGCAUCGCUAUGGUGGUUCUCGCUUUGGCCAACAUCGUCGCUGUCAUCCAGCUCCCGGUAGAGACGAAGGACCGGCAGCUCGGCGAGAUAAGUUCUGAGUUCGAGUGUUUGCAGAAGGUGAUCUGA